AUGGAUAUUUCUUCAGAUUCAUCAUCUUCAGAUUCAGAUGAAUUAAUAACAAUCUCGCUAUCUAGUGAUGAUGAUUCCGAUAGUAAAUCUUAUUCAAAAUCGAUGAAGUUGCGUCGAAAACGUAAAUUUCAUUAUUUUAGUUGGGACUCUGGAGAUGAUACAGAUAAAAAUCAGUCAGAAAAACAAAUUCCGUUGGAAAAGAAAGAGAAAGAAAUUAUGGUGCUGGAACGUCGUCGAUCAUCGAUACGUAGAUCAUCUAUUAAAACUGGAAAAGCACAUUCAACAUUAAUACAAGAUUGUGAUAGCCAUGGAUCGGUACAUUUUAGUGAUAUAUCGAAAAUCAGUGAAGAGGGUCAUACACAAAGAUUAACUCGACGUAGCUUAAGUAGAACACCAAAAAAAACAAGACAAAGUCAACUCAAUUCAGCAGCAGCUUCAACCUCUCAAAAAUUACCAGAAAUUAUAAAUAAAACUCGAAGGUCAAGUCAAAGUAGUUAUGCUCUAACCCCUCAAAAAAUAUCGGAAAAUACAACUAAAACAUUAACAGAUUUUGCUACCCAUAAAAGAGUAGCAGAGCAUAAAAUUAAUACUCGAAGAAAAAGUCAACUAAGCUAUGAAAAAACUCCCGAAAAACAGCCUCAAAGCUCAAAAAGGCUUAGUAAUAACUCAAAAAUAAUAUCUGAUAAAUUGAAUAAAAAGGAAUUGAAAGCUGUUGAAGUUUUAAAUCAAUCUUUAAAUAGCGAUCAGUCAACAUUUUCAUUAAAAAGACAAAAACCAAUUAAAAACACUUCUGUAUUUGAUGUACAGAGUGAUCCAAACGUUAAUGAAACCCCAAAGAGGAUAAAAGUUCAAUAUGAAAAACGAAAUCAACUAAAUCAUAAUAAUACGGAAGAAAAUCAUAUUGAAUCAAAUCCUGUUGUAAUUUUAAAUCGAUCUGCUUCAAUAGAAAAUUUAAUCGAAAAUACUCUUGAAAUAUCUAAUAACAGUUUAAAAAAUAACAGUUUAAAACCUUCAACAAUUGUUACGAAAAUUUAUCCAAAAUCACCUAUUAAUAGUAAUAAAAAUGAGCAAAUUCUCGAAAAAGAUAGAAAAGUAAGUUUCGAAAAAUAUGAUCAAUCAGUAAAUAAACAUUCUGUAAGAUUGCAAAGUAGUUCGAAUUCCUAUGAAAAAUCCUUAAAACAUCAAAGUACAAAUAAAAGUACCAGAGAAGAUAAUAGUAAAGCGGAUUCCACCGAGAAACUUACAAGAAAAUUUGUUUCAUCUGAUUCUUCGGAGCCUGAAAAUGAAGAAAUCGAAAAUAGGAAAUCAUUAAGUCCAGAAAGUAUUGUAAGAAGAUUCGCGAAAACAGGUUUACCGCCAUACCAAGAAGAUUCAGAUUCUGAUAAGAAAGAAAAGAAAAAUAAGAAAACGUCAAGGUCUACAAAUAAAAGUAUCAGAGAAGAUAAUAUUAACGCGGAUUCCAUCGAGAAAUUUACAAGAAAAUUUGCUUCAUCUGAUUCGAAAAUUCAUUCGGAGCCUGAAAAUGAAGAAAUCGAAAGUAGGAAAUCAUUAAGUCCAGAAAGUAUUGUAAGGAAAUUCGCGAAAAAAGGUUUACCGCCAUACCAAGUAGAUUCAGAUUCUGAUAGGGAGGAAAAGAAAAAUAAGAAAACGUCUAGGUCAAGAACUAGUAGGUGA